AUGCUGCCGUACUCAUAUGCUUUAUUAAUUUUGGUGAUUGUUUCGAUUGCCAAUGCUGGACAAAAAGUUUGCCCUGGCUAUGGAUUCAUGCGACCACCAACAGAAAACUGUGAAUCAACAUGUUCAAUGGAAAAAGAUGAAUGUCCAUCAGGUACAAAGUGUUGUUUUCGUGUUCCACAGCCAUGUGGCUUCCAAUGUAUUGUACCAAAAGACAAUGAACCGAAAUCAGGUCAAUGUCCAAAACCUGAUUCAAUGGAUAAAAAUCCAUAUUGGGGUAUAUGUGAUGCACAUUUUUGUGACGUUGACAAUGAUUGCAAAGGCGUUGAAAAAUGCUGUUCAAAUCUAUGUGGCUCUCAAAUAUGUAUUGCACCAUAA